AGUUGGCUUCGGGCUGCGCCGCUCGCCCUCCUUCUGCCCCUCUCCUCCCUCCCGCAGCAGCGCGCACGGCGGCACUCGGCGGAACGAGGACGAGACACCGACCCUCCGGCGGCAUGAACCGGCCUCACCGCGGCGCCGCGGGCAGCCGGGGCCUGGGCACCAUGGAGGUGAAGAGUAAGUUUGGAGCAGAAUUCCGACGAUUUUCUCUGGAGAGAUCCAAACCUGGAAAGUUUGAGGAGUUCUAUGGAUUACUGCAGCAUGUGCACAAGAUACCAAAUGUCGAUGUUCUGGUAGGAUACACGGACAUUCAUGGAGACCUGCUGCCUAUCAAUAAUGAUGACAACUAUCACAAAGCAGUUUCCACAGCUAAUCCUCUACUCAGGAUUUUCAUUCAGAGAAAAGAAGAUGCAGACUACAGUGCCUUCGGUACGGAUACUCUGACGAGGAAGAAAAACGUUCUAUCAAAUGUGUUACGUCCGGAUAAUCACAAGAAGAAACCACACAUUGUCAUUAGUAUGCCACAGGACUUCAGACCAGUGUCUUCCAUUAUAGAUGUAGAUAUUCUUCCUGAAACCCAUCGCAGGGUGCGACUUUACAAAUACGGGACUGACAAACCCCUUGGAUUCUAUAUACGAGAUGGCUCUAGUGUCAGAGUAACACCACAUGGAUUAGAGAAAGUGCCAGGGAUUUUCAUAUCUAGGCUUGUCCCUGGCGGCCUGGCUCAAAGCACAGGCUUACUGGCUGUCAAUGAUGAAGUACUGGAGGUGAAUGGAAUAGAGGUUUCAGGAAAAAGCCUUGAUCAGGUUACAGACAUGAUGAUUGCAAACAGCCGAAACCUGAUCAUUACAGUAAGACCAGCAAACCAGAGAAAUAAUGUUGUGAGGAACAGUCGGACUUCUGGCAGCUCUGGCCAGUCCACUGAAUCCAGCCUUCCAAGCAGCACGCCAAAUAUUUUAGCAAAUUUCUUGCAAGGGGAAGAGGAGAGUGAUGAAGAGGACAUUAUUAUUGAAGACAGUGGCGAGCCACAGCAGAUUCCAAAAGCUGCACCUACUAGCGAAAGCCUGGAAUCAUUGGGACAAACUGAAUUCCUUCAUGAGCCGACACAGAAUGGAUUCCUUCCUUCCACUGAGAUGAAUUUGAAUCAUUCAGCAGGCAGCAUUAGCAUGGAACAUGAAGUACAAGAUUCAGAUCAUAAGUCGUUAGAAGAAGAUGGAACUAUUAUAACACUGUGAAAUUACACUGGUGUACUAUGUAUUAAGGAUGCCAUACAUGUGUUGAUUUGGCUUAAGAUGUAAUACAUUUGAUACCUCUCCUUCUAUCAAGCACUGCAGUUAGAGUAAAAGGAGGGAAAAAAGUAAAUACAAGAAGUUCAAAAUUAUGUAAGUUGACUAACUUCAGUUAGUAGUGCACUUCAGUGUAAAUACUUAACAAAGGUGGAAGAUAACUGAGAAGCGACUGAAGUCGAAUGAGGAGAAUUUAAAUUGAAAAUGAAGGAUAGCUAAGAGAUGGCUGUGAGCUUUCUUUUAAAGGUACUUUAUUUCUUUUUAAUGCAGAAUACUACUGGUUCUAUAGAAGUAAAUUUCCAUUAUUGUGUGAGGUUGAGUGUCUUAUGUACUGUGGUUUCAUGUUCAUCUGCUGCUUACGUAUGAUGGAGCUGCUUUGGCCACUUCAUUCCUGUUCCGGGCUGCUGUUUAGCUGGUAGAGCUGCUUGUGUGGCUCAGUGUAUGAGGAAACUGAAAAAUAAGCAGGAGGUGGUGUGGGAAGAGAUGUUUGUGGUUGGUCUAGUUCCUGACUGACACAUUGAGCAACAGGCAUCUGCAAUAGUGGUCAGCAACCUGACAGCAGCCAGGAUUUGAAGGUGGAGGCUUCUGAAGUUAACUGUUCCUUUGUAAGUGAAUGUGCAACCACAGUAAAUUUCAAAGAAAUCAAAUGUAAACUUAAUGCUAUGGCAAUAACAUAACAUAAUCCUUGUUAAAAUCACAGUCCCAUUAGAGGCCAUAAAGAUUUCUAUUAGAAAGGUAAAUUAAAUCCCUAGAUUAAAAAAAGUUUUAAAUCAGAAUGAAGCUUUUAAUAGACCUUGCUUGAGCCAUGUGAUAUUAAGUGAUUUGUUAUUAUGAACUACACUGUAAAUGCUGAUCUUUCUGUGUACCACUGGCUGGGUGUUUUGAAUAGUACAAAGCUGCUAGACAUAAAACACCAAUGACAAGUCCUGAUACUGCAAGUGCAUAAGUGUGCAUGUGAUCAGCUGCAAUUACCAGGAGAAGCACAAGGAGAGGCUUUUAGCAUUGUUUUUUCCCUUUUUAAUAAUUCCUGCGUUACCAUUUUGGCAAUUAGUUCCCAAGUUGGCCCUUCUCUGGGAACAUAAUUUGUGGCAGGAAAAUGAGAUGGGACUAACAGGACUGGGGAGAAGGAUGGACGGAGCUUCUUGCCAGCGAUACAGUAGUCUGUGUCAACCUCUAAGAAGAUAGUAGGGUGCUACCGGUUCUGUACUGUGGUACUGUGGUACUGUGCUUAUGAGAGCCAGCAGUCGAGGUUCUUGGAAGCUUCUUCUACCCUGUGAGGAGAUAGGAUGAGUGGGAAAGAAGACUAACCCCUUUGUUUUUUUUCCCCUCAGCCUAUCUAGUGGAAAUAUCUACCUCUGGUAACUUUACUAACAAGAGACUAACUGUAAAUUUAAUGUUAAGAUAUCUGUAAGAGUCUUUCUAGGAUAUCAGAGGCUAAAACUGUGUUUAAGGUUUCCUUAAUG